GCGGCGUCAGCUCCAGCAUCAUGUGUUUGGGUUUUUUAAAGUCAGUUUUUCUGUUUGUUUAAAAAGCAAAGGCCGCUUAUUUGGCAAAGUGGGCGGAACCUACAGGGAGAGCGAACACUAAAGCGCCUCUCCCCAGCGCUGCUUCCCGGAGAUACGCUCUGGGAGCCAAAUGCAAAAGACGUUUUCCACAAAUACAAAAACACGCAGGAGCCUAGGCCUGGACGCGUUAGGUGUGGAGCAUUUGGCUGUGGCAGGGCAGACGGGAAUGACAGUAGCUUUGGGGCCCCUUGGCAUCCCGGUUCUCCCACCCUACCCGGGACUGGCUCUGAAUGGCCCUGGGCACUCCGCAGGGAGCCAUCACGUGGGCCACACCCUCGGGGAGGCUUUUGGAGCAGUGGAGACACAGACCCUUCUGGGGUGUAUUGACAAGGGUCCCUGAACUGACACGUGGCUCCUUUGGGUUCUUACCAGGCUCUGGGCUUGGACUGUUGAGGUUGGGGCUUCUCAGCUGCAGGCUGGCUGGUGAGCUGGUUCAUGUCGGCUCUGACUGUGGAGAGGUGGUCCCGUCACGCAUACAUGUGCUCAGGCCAACAUUGUCCCCCACAGCUCUGGCUCUUGCUUGGCCAUCUUGGGCUGUCACCUGUCAUCUGGAAACACUGGGAUGGUUAACAUCUGUUUUCUCUUCUCUCUUCUACACUUGCUUCUUUGUGCUUUUCCACACAGAGUAGAAUAGUUGCUCCUGGACCUGCUGGGAGGUUCAUGGCUUAGCCUUGAUUUGCUUAGGAUUCCCAGAGUAAAGGGCUCACGUGAGCACUGACUUCAUCCUGUGUUGCUCCAUCUCUUUUUUAUUUUAAUUUAUUUUUGUGUGGAAGAACUGGGGUGUAGCGUAGAGGUUUGAGGUGAGAGGAUUCACCAGAGACAGAGUGGGGAGCAGAACAGGCGGAUCUACAGAAAUCCACUGCUGAGGGGAGCGGCAGGGAGACAGGAGAGGUCUGCUGUGCCCAGUGGGUCAGCUCCCUGCCCAGGAAUGGAACUCAGGCCAUCCAGGUGAUUGCACUGAGAUUUAACCCCUAGGCCACCAGGGAGGCCCUAUGGCUCCUUCUUGGGGAAAAUGUCUCCUUGCGGACCCUUGGUAAUCCCCCUUGCCCUGAACCCUUGGUUCCGCUGACCUCACUUCCAAGCCUUUGUUUUUAUUUUUUCUAGAAUGUCAUAUAAAUAACCCUACAGUAGGCAGCCUUUUGAGCCUGGCUUCUUCCAUGUCACAGCAUGUUUGAGACCCAUGUUUGUAACUGGUCGCUCUGCUGAUCACCGAGUGGCAUUCCACCGUGGGUGUGCCAGUGCUUGUUCCCUGUUUUCCCAUGUGUCUUUAUUUUCAUCUUACAGUUUAAAAGGACAGGUUUAUUAGGAAAAGGAGAAGGAAAAAGAGGUACCUGUGUAGUCAGAGGUGGGCAGGAGAGAUUCCUUUCAUGUGUUUCUAACAGCAGUCCCUGGAGAUAGCAUGUCCCCAUCAGACAGCAAGGACUGGGGCCGGGGGUGCUAAGUAAGCACUGGAGAUGUAAGUGGCAUAGAGCUAACAUUGGAUUUAACGCCAAGUCCAGGGCUCUUUCUCCCCAACCCAAGAGCUGAUUUGGUUCAGCGACCCAAUUAACAUUUUUCUACUGGCUGUUUAAGGGAUUGGCAGGCCCUUGGGCGCCUAGAGCAUUCCCUCUGCAGAGACCUGGGGGUUGAUGAAGGAAACAGACUCCCCAUUCGUGACUCACCGUAUGCUGUCCCUUUCCUUGUGGGGGCAGGCCCAUCGGGACUAGCGAGAGCUUGCCCACACCACAGGAUAGUUAAUGAGGAACCAUUGCAUCAGCCCCAGCAGUUUUGGGAAGCAAUCUUGCCGGGCAGUGACCAGCCUUCUGUGGUGGGAGCCUGGCCACUGGCGUUCAAGUCCCUGGUGCUCCUGGAAGGAGAACCCUAACCCCUGGACCUGCCUCCACAGCCAUGUCAGAGCUCAGCGAUGAAGCCAGCGAGCCGGAACUCCUGAACUGCAGCCUGUCCAUGUGGCAUGGGCUGGGUGCACAGGUCAGUCGGGAGGAGCUGGCCGUCCCCCUGGACCUUCACACGGCGGCAUCCAUUGGCCAGUAUGAAGUGGUGAAGGAGUGUGUGCAGCGGAGAGAGUUAGAUUUGAAUAAGAAGAACGGCGGGGGCUGGACCCCGCUGAUGUACGCCUCCUACAUCGGCCACGACACCAUCGUGCACCUGCUGCUCGAGGCGGGCGUGAGUGUGAACGUGCCGACCCCGGAAGGGCAGACCCCACUGAUGCUGGCGUCCAGCUGCGGCAACGAGAGCAUCGCCUACUUUCUUCUCCAGCAAGGCGCUGAGCUGGAGAUGAAGGACAUCCAGGGCUGGACCGCCCUCUUCCACUGCACCAGUGCCGGGCACCAGCAGAUGGUCAAGUUCCUGCUGGACAGUGGCGCGAACGCGGAUGUGAGAGUCCUGACGCCGCUGUGCUGUGCUGUGCUGUGUGGGCCCCUCUCGCCUGCUGACGCCUGCGGGGGGCUUCUGCCGAGAGGACUCGCCCCAGCCCCUGACCGCUGUGUCUGCAGGGAGCCGGUGUAUGGAUUCACUCCCUUGAUGGAAGCUGCGGCUGCCGGGCACGAGAUCAUCGUGCAGUGUUUUCUGAACCACGGAGUCAAGGUGGACACGCGGGACCACAAUGGAGCCACAGCCCGGAUGCUGGCCAAACAGUAUGGACACAUGAAGAUCGUGGGGUUGAUAGACGCUCACGCACCUUCUUUGCCCAAGAGUCUCUACUGGAGCCCAGAAAAGUAUGAAGAUCUCAGCUCUUCGGACGAGUCCUGCCCUGCCCCGCCGAGACAGAGGCCCUGUCGCAAGAAGGGGCUCAGCAUCCACGAGGGCCCGCGAGCGCUGGCCAGGAUCACCGCCAUCGGGCUCGGGGCCAGGGAACGGCAGCCUCGCUGUGAGCAGGUGCCUCCCCGGGGUUAUGUCACCUUCAACAGCAGCGAUGAGAACCCCCUGGAAGGCGGGGGCCUCUGCUAUAGGGACGUCACCUCCCCUAUCAAUGACCAGGACGUGGAAAGCAGCAGUAGCAGCAGCCGGGAGCACCCCUUCUGUGCCGAGCGGGCGGCUGUGCGGAGCAGUAGCAGCAGCGAGGGGCUAGCGAGAGCCCCCGGGCUUAGCAGCGAGGCCUCCUUGGAGAGCAACGAGGACUCUGAUCAUGCACGGAAAAGCUCGGUUCGCAAACAAACCAAAAGUUACAUGAAGACCAAGAAUCGUCAUAGCAACAGUGACAGCCAGCUGCCUCCUAGCACUGGGCCGUUUGGGGCAGCCUGCUCCCCAGGAUCUGUCCCCCAGACCGAGAGGCCCCCCUAUUCAGGACCCCAGGACCUUGCGGCGCUGCUGGAGCAGAUUGGGUGCCUGAAGUACCUGCAGGUCUUUGAGGAGCAGGACGUGGACCUCCGCAUCUUUCUGACCCUCACCGAGAGCGACCUGAAGGAGAUCGGCAUCACGUUGUUCGGGCCCAAGAGGAAGAUGACCUCGGCCAUCGCCCGCUGGCACAGCAGCGCCCGCCCCCUGAGUGAUGCCCUGGAGCUGGCCUAUGCCGACCGGCUGGAGGCCGAGAUGCAGGAGCUUGCCAUCCAGCUGCACAGGCGCUGCGAGGAGGUGGAGGCCAUGCGGGGCCAGGUGUCUCAGGAGCAGGAGCUGCGGGCCGUGGUGGAGAGCUGCCUCCUGGAGCAGGACGGUGCCCGCAAGGAUGUCCAUGCACACCUGCAGGAGGCCUGGGCCCUGGCCCGCAACGCUGCACUCGUCCUGGACCAGCUGCGAGCCUGCCAAGUGGAGCUGUCAUCGCGAGUGAUGCGGGACGAGUCUCCCUGCCAGACAGCCCUGGGCCCAGCCCUCCCCACAGCUGACUCCAACGGCUGGCAGGCCUCACUGCAGGCCCUGAGCCUCCCUGAGCUGUCGGGAGCAUUGGAAGACCGAAUCCACGAGAUGGAGCGAGCGCUGUGCUCCGUGACACAGAGCCUGGAGAAGCUGCAGCUGCUGAACGGGAAAGAGAACUGGCGGGAGCCUUAGCCAGAGGGACGAACCUGACGUUGGGUGACUGAUCCACCCUGAAGCUGUGAGCCCAGAGGACCAGAGGCCAGUGAGCGGGUUUGCGGUGGCCCAGGCCCGAGCUGGGCCCGAGGACCGGCCCCGGGAGCAGACAGGAAGGAAGAGGCUGUGGCUGGUGCCAGGGCAGUGUGGCCCCCCCGGCGGCAGGACCAGGGUCCCCCGAGAACCUGGUGUGAGGCUCAGGGCAGGAAGGGCCUUGGGGUGUGUGCCCCUGUUCACCACAGACACCGUGCAGAGGUGUGACCUGGGGUGAGGGCUGAGCACCUGGGCAGCGUGUGACAUUUGCCGAAAAAUAAAUCUUAAGAUCAGCCAGUAAGGGUCUGGUUCUGGUCACAUGACGUGCAGCAUGAAUUGGCAUGGGGUACCCAGGCCCCAGUGCCCUGCUGAGUGUACAGAAGCUACUAGCAGAGCGAAACAGGCCCCACACAGUCAGGAGCAACUUACAGGUAUUUUAUUUACAGAGCAAAGUGCUUUGCCUGCUCGUGCCGGCUCUCCUCGAGGCUCUGAGGUGGCAGAGAGCACUGUUUUCUUACCAGGCCAGGCAGGCACCAUGGAAACUUUCUGAGUUCCACUGAGGAGUCUCUGUGGCCACAGGAGACCAAGUGGCGACCUUCCUGUCCUGGGGUGGCUCUGCUGUGGUCAUUCUGGUCGCCUGGCCAGUGCUUCCAGUCCCUCCCUGGGCUGCCUGCAGACUGCUGGGGAUGGAGAGAGGGAGGCCUUCAAAGCCAGGCACAGGGCUGCUGGGCAGCCCAGGAAUGGGCCCGCGUUCACGGUCUCAGCACAGCAGCCCCCAGACUGGUCCAUGGCACAGAGGUCCAAGGCUGGCAGUGCCACCACGACAACAGGGUGGGGGCCUGCAUAAAACUAAGGGGUCCCCACAUGCAGCACAGGCAUGACUUUACUGACCUUUCCCCUCAACAACCCUGCCUGGAGGCCCCACUGCGCUCAGGGACCAAGCCCAAGGGGCAGCGCUGCUCUGACACCUGCCCCAGCAGCCAGGCUAACAGCGCUGCAUCAGACAUGGGCUGGUGCGGGGGUGCGCAGUAGGGGGAGGGGUGCAGAAACGUGACCCUGGAUAAAGGCUCCUCCCUCAGGGCACUUCCAGAGUCCAGGUGCACACGCGAGCACACUUACACCUGGGAAAUCGCAGGCUGUGCUGAGCCGUGCAGAGAAGGGCUCGGCCUCAGAAUGGACCAGAAUGUCCUGAACCAGGAAAGCUGGGCCCGGGGCACCCAGGCCCCCCCACUAACCCACCAGAGAGGGCCACUGUCCUAACUGUGGAGACAGGAUGCCCACUGGCCCCAUCACACGCUUUUAGAAAACACUCCCGUGGGGAUUCAGGGCAGUCUCAGCCCACAGGUAGGGAGCGCGGGGAGAGCACGGGGCUCAGGGAAACCUCAGGAAGAAGAGGGGAGCAGCUUCUCCAGGGCCUUCUUCUGUUUCUCUGUGGCGGCGGCCAAGGCCUCAGCCAGUUUCUCCUCGGGCAUCAUGUUGAGCACCUUGAGGGCGAAGAGGAGCUGGUACUUGGCUGUGCUGAUGAAGGCGUUGCUCAGGAAGUUGGGCAAGCCACCCACGCG